ACAUGAAUUGACGUGCAUUUGGCUCCAACUAGACGGAGGCAGAGAGAGAGAGAGAGAGCGAGAGUGAGAGGGAGAGCGAGUGAGUAAGUUUGAUCGGCGCCCUGACUCUGUUGUGCAGACGGAAUACUGAGGCUCCUGCGUUGGAAGGGAAAGCUCUUCAUUCGGCUCCAAAGAGGAUUUUAAAUGAAGGCUUCGGGUUUGCUGCUGAGGAUCGCGGAUCUUUGUUCCGUUUAUCUCCCCCGCCGCGGGAUGAGAAGCUGAGGGACGGGGACAGGAGCACUGCGGGGAGACGCUGCGUUCAGCUCGGCAACAAAGAAGCGCUCAGGGAAGCUGCUGAGGCUGAGGGAACGUCAAGUUAUUCCCAACAAACAGAAAGUCGUGCCGCGGAUCCUUCCUCGCCAUGCUGCUCCACGGACUGCUCCGCACGGCGGUCUCUCUGCUGCCCUUCAUCCUGCCCGCCUCCUUCAGGGUCAACGCUCAGUACGGAGAGCGAGGAAUGUCUAUCCCGGAGCAUGGAUUCUGCCAGCCGAUCUCCAUCCCGCUGUGCACGGACAUCGCCUAUAACGAGACCAUCAUGCCGAACCUGCUGGGCCACACGAACCAGGAAGACGCGGGACUGGAGGUCCACCAGUUCUACCCCCUGGUGAAGGUGCAGUGCUCCCCGGAUUUAAAGUUCUUCCUCUGCUCCAUGUAUGCGCCCGUGUGCACGGUGCUGGAGCAGGCGCUGCCCCCGUGCCGCUCUCUGUGUGAGCGCGCGCGGCAGGGCUGCGAGGCGCUCAUGAACAAGUUCGGCUUCCAGUGGCCCGACACCCUCGCGUGCGAGAAGUUCCCGGUGCACGGCGCGGGCGAGCUGUGCGUGGGCCAGAACAUGUCGGACCGCGCGGAGCCGGAGGGGCCAGGGCACUACCCCACCGCGCGCUCCCCGCCCGAGCCCACGCACGGUCAGUUCAGGUGCCCGGGGCCCCUCGUCGUCCCCCCCUACCUGAACUACCGCUUCCUGGGGCAGGAGAACUGCGGCGCCCCGUGCGAGCUGAAGAAGUCUCACGGGAUGAUGUACUUCAGCGAGGAGGAGCUGAAAUUUGCUCGAAUUUGGAUCGGAAUCUGGUCGAUCCUGUGCUGCGCCUCCACUCUGUUCACGGUGCUGACCUACCUGGUGGAUAUGAAGCGCUUCAGCUACCCAGAGCGGCCCAUAGUGUUCCUCUCUGGCUGCUACACCAUGGUGUCCAUCGCCUACAUUGCUGGAUUCUUACUGGAAGACAAGGUGGUUUGCAAUGAUCGCUUUGAGAAAGAGAUGAGGACUGUGGUGCAGGGCACCAAGAAGGAGGGCUGCACCAUCCUCUUCAUGAUGCUCUACUUCUUCAGCAUGGCCAGCUCCAUCUGGUGGGUCAUCCUGGCCCUCACCUGGUUCCUGGCGGCCGGGAUGAAAUGGGGCCACGAAGCUAUCGAGGCUAACUCCCAGUACUUCCACCUAGCAGCCUGGGCCGUUCCCGCCAUAAAGACCAUCACCAUCCUGGCAGUGGGCCAGGUGGAUGGAGACGUGCUGAGCGGGGUCUGCUUCGUGGGCAUCAACAGCGUGGACGCCCUGCGAGGCUUCGUCCUGGCGCCUCUCUUCGUUUAUCUGUUCAUCGGGACUUCCUUCCUCCUGGCCGGAUUCGUGUCCCUCUUCCGCAUCCGGACCAUCAUGAAACACGACGGCACCAAGACAGAGAAGCUGGAGAAGCUGAUGGUGCGGAUCGGGAUCUUCAGCGUGCUCUACACCGUGCCGGCCACCAUCGUCAUCGCCUGCUACUUCUAUGAGCAGGCCUUCCGUGAGCAGUGGGAGAGGACGUGGGUCAGCCAGUCGUGUAAGACGUAUGCCGUGCCGUGCCCCAUCCAGAACCACCCCAACAUGAGCCCGGACUUCACCGUCUUCAUGAUCAAGUAUCUCAUGACGCUCAUAGUGGGAAUCACUUCCGGCUUCUGGAUCUGGUCUGGGAAGACCCUGAACUCAUGGCGGAGGUUUUACACGAGACUGGCCAACAGCAAGCAGGGCGAAACCACAGUGUGACGGGCUUUUCACAAACUCACACAUGUUUUUUGGACCCAGCAGAGACCUUCGCUCUGUUUUAUUGUACAUACACAUUUGUGAGAUUUUUUAAAAAAGUAUAUAUUUGUAUUUAAAGGCUGAAAAAAAAAUAGUCCAUCUUUUUUCAUCUUUGGAUAUGUUGGAGAAACAUCACAAAAAGCCAGCUAACCGUUGCGAAUCCUGGUGUCUGUCUUAUGACCCGAUUUACUGUGGACACCCAUGGGAGUACUUCACACAGAGUGUUUGUGUCUGUAGGUCGGUGGAGCACUUGUGAGUGAGUGCAAGGUCUAUUCUAAGGAGAGUCCCGUGAAACCCAAGUGCUUCCUCGUGGCCUCCUCUUAUCCUGAUUAACCAGCUGGACUUUGUGUCUGAGGAAGCGAGCUUAGGCUUUCUGAGGCCUCGCCUUGGUAUGGAUGUGAGUCACUGAGACAAAUGGUUGUGGACAGUGUGUUUUAUGGGCCCUUGCAGAUGUAACAUUCCUCUGUUAAAGUUAAGAAAAAAAGAAAGAAGUUCUUAUUGCCAGGCAAAUGGAAAAGAAGGUUUCUGCUGCAGAGCUCCGGCUCUGAACCAGGACGGUUUUCUUUCUUUUCUUUUCUUUUUUCUUUUUUUUUUUUUUUUGCAUAUAUGGGAAUCCUAAGUGCCAAAUGCCUUCCUCCACAGAGAUAGAAUAAUUCAGAAAACCUGAGCAAAAUAAUCUUCAGAGCCCAGUCAAAUAAAACAAGGAGAUUUGGGAUUGGAAAUAAUUCUGGAUACUUUUAGCCACAUAUUUAGGAGAAUUAAGGUAAAAAUAGAAUCAUUUUCAAUAUUUUUUUCCUAACAAAGAGCUUUUUGGACACCUUGGGAUUUUAGAUGUCACUACAAGGAACUUAUAAAAAAAUGUUAAUGAUGUGUAUCAUAGGCGAAUUUUAGCCAAUGAUAAAUUGCCCUAGAAAUUAUUAUGAUAAACAAUAAUGUAGUUGUUUUGAGACCAUUUUCAUGUAACAGAAUCAAAAUGGCAAAAUAAUGCAAGGUUACCCUCUCACAGAUCAAUAUCCGUUAACUUAGUAAAGAACACUUAAUACUGGAACUGGAAGAUAUUUGGCCUCCGACCAAAACCAAGAAGCAAAACGGACAUUAAAACCACAAAACCACAGAGAGCAUGAAUGAAACAGAUUAUUUGGAAAAUUGCUCUGUAAAAAUAUUAAUUAUCAGAAUGGAAAUUAUCCAGCUGAUUUUAAAUGAUCAUGUGAUCUUGUGUACUAAUUUAGUAAUCAAUUAAUUGUUCAAGUUGAAUGUACAAACUCAUAGACCAUUUCCUAAAUGAAUAACAUAUUCAGAGCAAUAAAUAGCACAAAUAAUCUAUAUUUUGGAUUUAAAAUUAAAACUAUACUGUCUGAGUAUGUUUGACACAGAAGUCAAGUUUCCAGUUAAAAAAAACAGAAAGAAAAAAAACAUUUCCAAUCAACUCUUGCUAUCCAGUUAUUAAUCUUCAUAAAUAACUUCAGAUCAGCCCUGCGCUGUAUGAAUGUUCAAUCCAGCUGAAAGGUCUGAGCUUUUCACAUGUCGAUGUUUGAAGGAUUUUCUUUAGCUGCAGAUUCAUCCUUUGCUCUAAUGAUCAAGUAUUCACUAAAGGGAUGCUGGUACUGCAUUUUAUCCAGUAAGUGUUUAUUUUCUUAUUUCUAAAAUUAAUUGAAAUACUUUACUCGCAUUUCUUAUUGUAUUAAAAAGAUAAAAUCAGCCAAUGGGCCAGUUUUUAUCUGAUUAAUCAAUUAUUUGGCUGAAUAAUCAAUAGAAUAAUCAAUUACUAAAAUAACUGCAGGCCUAAAGUAAAGAUUUCAGAGGAGAAUAUGCAGUUCAACGAAGGUACAUGUGUGAUUUGAAAGUUUUUUUGACCAUAUAUCACCAUAAAUGAUGAAAACAGUUAACCUGUAAAACAGUUAUCAAGUACAAAAUGGCAUUAAGUGUGGAGCUGAAUUUGGAUGGACAAAAGUGGGAUUGUGUUUGUCCACAAUAAGGGUUCAACCUGGUGCUGGUGUGAAAUGACCCAAAUUAGUUAAUAAUAAAACCUUAUCAUUCACAGAUGUAGAUCUUCUGUUCCUCCACAGCUCAGAAUUACAGCAUUAAUAUGUUUUGAUGAAAUUAAAUCAAGAAGCAGCAGAUGCUUUAAAUUUCUUUGCAAAACUAGAGAAAAAGCAACUGGUUUUACUCACAGGUGUGAAAUGAUCAGAUAUCUGUCAAACUCUGGAGAUUUUUUGACAGUUGUUCAAAUAAUUAGCAGAAAAUCUAAAGAAAAAUAAUAUGGAGUGGAUUCAUAAUUAUUUUUAGAGAAAAAAAAAAAGUAAACCAUGCAUUUUUUGUAUUUUAGAGCUUUUAUUGAAGUCUUUCUGGGUCUUUACAGUAUUUGACAUAAAAACAAAGUUAGCUAAAAAUGAUAGAAAAACUUAGGUGAGCUAGAUGCAAUUUUAAUUUGUAUGGAGGUAAAUCCAAGCAGAAUUAUUGAUGCAGCUGGCCUUGCAGGAUGUAAUCUGCGUUAUUUUGUGAGUAACGAGGCUCUGAAAACGUUCUGGGUCAAAGUGAAAGGCUGUGGGCGCCACAUGAUGAUGCAUUAGAGGGACAUAAACGCCAGGACUCUUCAUUUUAAUCCAGCAUGGAAAAUAAUAUUCUGACAGUUUAUGGAGAUGUGUGUUGUCCAUAGAAUAGUGGGUCUCCGAGGCUAAACAGGGUGCUGUGAUGGAGGGAUCGGGGUGGGGGAGAUCCAUGAAUAUGUAACCUUGUUUUUUACUUGGAAGCUGAAUGUUUGAGUUGGUGUUCAAAGGCCUGUCGGUGAGGUGCAGAUUGUGGAGAACAUGGCUGCAACGCAGGACUGAAGCGCAGCCAGCAGCUUGCAUGUCUUCCACUGCAGAAAGGAAGCGUUGUGUUGAAAUGCAGAGUUGCCACUCUCACACACGCACCCAUGCACACACACACACACACACACGCCUGCACGCAGAAACUGCGUAUCCUUGUCGGAUUUUCUUCCACACGGUGCUUCCGAUUCCUAAGAACUCUUUUAUUGUCUUGACGUACCUACAGUUGUCACUGCUUUGAAGUAAUUUUCGUUACCUUUGCUAUGAAGAGAACAUUUUAUAUUUAUAGAAAAAAAAUCUUAUAUAAGCACACACUACAUUGAUUUCUUUAUAAAUAAAAAAAACAAACUCACCAAUGCAACUUUUGAGCUAUUUGUCUUUUUCUCCUGUCAGAAAAGUACAGCAAUCGGCUUUAUAUGUCUGUUGUUUUUACUUUAAAAAAAUAACAGACACGAUCUUCGGAAAUUUCUGGUGUGUAUGCUCACUUUAAAACUCUAGGAAGGGAGACAGGCAGGAGAUGGCCGCUCGGCUCGGAAGAUUCCUUCAGAUGAAGCUAAUAUGUGGCCUGGACGAGCCGAGCUCAGGGAGCAUUCUGGGUGUUUUCUCGCUGAGCAGCUGCAGAGGAACAACGAGGAAAAGGAAAUUCUUUUCAUGAAAGAUGUGCUGCUGAACUUUCAACUAUGCAGACAGUAAAGAUUGGAAUUUAUUAUUUUUAAGGGGGGCUUGCUUUUUAACCCAAAUUCCUUUUUGUUUCCAGAAGUUGGUUUGAGAGGAAGUCUAGUGAAUAAUGCGCUCCAUUUCAUGUAGUGAAACAGCCUGGCUUAGAGUUACACAGAUUGUACGACUGUGUAGACAUUGCUCUGUCUACAUUGUGUAACACAGACUAAGACAGCAUAAGCUCCCCUAUCAACAAUCUUUGCUGCUUCAAACACCAACAAGUUAAGAAUGCAGAGGAGAUUGAUUUUUUUCAUAGAUUAUCAGUCUAAUAAAAACGCUAAUUUUAAUAAACAUAUAAAAAGCAUUUUUUUUACAUACUGCAGCUUUAUCACACAUCACUUUAACACUGAGGCAGCUGCUAAUUGAAUGUAAGUGGCUUAUAAAAUUAGCUUCCAUUUCAAUUGAAAUAGCAAAUCUUAAGGAGACACAGGAGCUCACUUUGUUAGUUUCUUGUCCUUAAACCACUUAAAGCUGCAGUAUGUAACCCGGAUACAGAAUAUUUUUUUUUCAUGUAUUUGUUAAAACUGUACCAUGUUGUGACAGAACAACAUGAAACAAGUGAUCUGUGAAAAGAUUGAUGUCCUCCUCCCCUCUGAACUGGAAUGCGGCGCUCCUUAGAAGACCUUAUAUGUUGCCACAGUAGAGCCUCGGGGUUAAAAACAGCCUCCAGGCUGCUGCAGCCACCAUGUUGAGGCGUCAGCUGCUACAGCCAUUGUUCCUGCUCUCUUCAACUGUUUCACAGCGUUUACGUCAGCACUGCCCCAACAACUCCUGAUGAGGACUGUCACAUACGUAGACCUCUGACAACUGUGAAGACUGACCUUGGGGGCUGGGAUGUGGAACAUAUGUUUCACACCACAACACUGACUGAGUCGGUUGCUUUGUAAAUAGAAAUGUGAGGCUAACAUGUGGCCAUCUGGAACAAACUGUUUCUCUGUGAUUGUGACAACAGCACAGUAGAGUUGAUAAAUGUUGAACCCUGAAGCAGAUCAACACUCCGCAGCAGAAUCCUUACAUCUGGUUCUAGUCUUUGAUCAGAAUUUGGUCACAACAUGUUCUGUUGUUUUACAAAUGUCCUUCUUUAUAUGCAGCUGAAAAAAAUACGUCUGUCUUCUGUGUAGAACAUUUCACAAUCUGAUGAAAGGAAGUGAGAGAUUUAACUUAUUUUCAAGAACUUAUUCAAAAUCAAAUUAAAUGUCAGAUUUUUUUUAUAUUAAAGCCCUCUUUUUACACCCAUUGCAUUUACCAUUAUAGAAGUGUAAUUGGAAUAUUGGUAAAAUAAUGAUCUUAAACCUUAUUUUGAUUUAGUAUGUCUCUGCACUUGGUAGAAAACAUGCUAGUCAGAUAGUCUGGUAGAAUCAAUCAAUAAAUCAAGUUUAUUUGUAUAGCGCAUUUCAACAAGGCAGAUCAAAGUGUUUUACAUCAUAAAAAUAUAAAAUCAUAUAACACACAAUCAGCAAUUGAAGCAUUAUAUGUUAUCAGAGGCCAUCUUUAUUCAUCAGAAUGUUGAUUGAUGUUUCACUGAUUGUUUUAAAAGCAACUCAGCAGAUAGUCUAGAUUUAAAGGAACUCAGUAAACUCGGUUCGAUUAUGGACCGACGUUUGCUACAUUUUCAGCUGGUGUGGUUCUCUUAAACACUGCUCUGUGUGAAAUGAACCAAACCUUUUGGAAAACCUGUUUCCCCCUUACCCUACAGGUAAGGGGGAAACAGACUAAGAACCAUUUAUGGAAUUGACCGCGCUGCAGUCCACUUUCUGCUUUUGGAGUGGUCUCCGAUCCACUUGGCGUUCACAUGUGCAUUCUAACCACACCUACGUCCACUUCAACCGAACCUAGACCUAAGUUGGUAGGUGAACCACAGUUCACUUUCUUGGUCAGCAUCAGAGCUCAAUUGUACAUUCACACCUCCAACAUUCCUCUGUAGGCAAACAAACUGGAGUUUAAUUAAAGCAGACUUAAUGGAGCUGGUGGGAAUUCUCCCUUAUUCUACUCCAACAUAACAUGGGUGGAAGCUGACACGAACAGCUCAGCACUAACACUGAAACCAGAUCACAUCUCAUGUCACUAAGUGUAAAUAUGGCAGAAUAUUUCUAA